GGCAGGGUACCGUUUAACCCAUCACAGCUCAACGCUUCAUAGUGUGUAGAUUUCGUGAGAGGGAGUAUACUGCGCAUGUGUUUCUCAGCUGCAACUUCGUGUAUGUAACUAAAUAACAGUAUACUGACACACACAUCGUGUUUGAUAAUGUCUUUGAGAAAGUUCAUUGAAAAUCGACUAGUGGUUGUCUGUGUAUAAAUAGUGUGUAUAUGUGUUCUUGUUCGGUGUAGAAAUUACGUGUUCGGUUUAAUAUGUGAUCUAGUUGGAUUUAUGCAUUUCAAUAUGAGAGACUAAGAUAACGAAGCACCGAAGUAAAGUUCUCGUUUUCAGCAAGGAAAGUGUUUUCAAAAUGAGUAAAAAUACGAGCCCCGAGACUCCAUCGGCUGACAUCUUGCCUAAAACUACUCGAUUUGGGAAGAAAAAACAAAAUCGAGCCAAAAGAUGCAAAUCGGACGGUUUUACAUUGGAGCCGGAUAUUUUAGCACAGGAAAAAUCAACAGAAGCGGUUCACUUUUUGCUAUGGAUCCGAAACCCGACAAUCCAUAAUCUGGCCAAGCUUAGAAAAUGUAUCAAAUAUAAUGAACGUGAGUGGAUGGAAGACUUUUUAUCUUUCGAUGGUUUGGGCCUAUUAUUUCAAUGCCUCAAUAAUCUAGCCAAAUGUGAGAGUCAUCAUUUAGGAGAUAUGGUGCUCAAAAUGCAAUGUGCCAGUUGUAUUCGCGAAGUCGUAAACUCACAAACUGGGUUAGACUGUUUGCUGACAAUGAAAGACAAGUCGGAAAAUUUGUUUGGCAAGCGAAUAGCCUUUGCUUUAAAGACAAAUAAUAUGAUGGUGAAGAUGCAGAUAUUUGAACUGUUAUCAGCUUUAUGUUUAUAUUCUACAGAUGGGUUUUAUCUUACUCUAGAAGCUCUAGAUCGAUAUAAGGUGUGGCAGAAGUUACCGUAUAGAUUUAGUAUAAUGGUGACGGAGUUAAAACAAGCUGACCUCACAUCAUUCAAAAUAGCAUUAAUGGCGCUCAUCAAUUCUAUUAUUGUAGCCAAUGAAAAUAUACAUAAUAGAAUCCGAAUAAGGAAUGAAUUUGUGGCUUUAAAUAUAUUAGAUGUAAUACAAGGAUUAAGAGAUAUAGAUGAUGAAGAUCUACGAGUACAGUUGGACGUUUUUGAUGAAGAAUUGAAUGCGGAUGCCGAGGCUUUAUCCGAACAAAAUACGUCAUCUGUAGAUAUUUCGAAUCCACGUGAUCUCUUUAUGGCUCUUCUUAACAAGUUUCAAGAUACACCAAUUGGAAGUUCAUUAUUAGGAAUAUUAUACAGCUUAUAUCAGAUAGAUAGUAACAAUUCUCACAGUGAAGCAACGUGGAUAAACAUCGAACAAAUGGUACAAAAGACUGUUGAACACCAGACUACACAAGAAACCUGUUACAGACAAAACAAACAAAGAGAUAGUAUUAAUCAAGAAACUCAAACAGACCCCAUAGAGUUAUCUCCCGAGGGCAGAUCCUCUUUGAGGCGAAAAAAUGGGGUCAUUGUCAAAAAUUCACCAGCUGCGCCGCCACCUCCAGCCCCCCCUCCCCCUCCGCCAGCACCUGGGAUCCCCCCGCCACCCCCUGGAAUUCCGGGAGCGCCACCUCCCCCACCGCCACCAGGAGGGUUUAGAGCACCAGGGGCUCCUCCUCCACCACCAGGCCUAACGCUACCAGGAUUAAGUGCAAUACCUGUAGCUCCAGUAGAAGAAAUAAAAACCCCAGAACCCCAGUGUAAGAUGAAGAUGCUAAACUGGAGUAAAGUACCAAUACAGAAUUUACGCAAAAACAGUAUUUGGGGAGAUGUUGCUAAGAUGAAAGAUCAAAUUAAUGUGAAGUAUAAUAAACUAGAAGAAUUAUUUGCUUUAAAAUCAUCAAAUCAGCUGGAACCCACCCACCCUAAUGAAAAAGCUCUUAAAAGACAUUCAGCAUCGCUAGAGAUCGCCUUACUGGAUCCUAAGCGAAGUAUGAUUGUGAAUAUAUUUCUAAAACAGUUUCGAAAUGCCAAUGCUAGUAUUAUAGAUUUAAUACGUAAAUGUGAUAGUCGAAGUCUGGGCACGGAGAAGAUCAAAGGUUUAUUAAAGAUUAUGCCAACUCAAGAAGAGGUUGAACUGAUCUCUAAUUUUGAUGGCGACAUCGAUAAGUUAGGUGAUGCAGAGAAAUUUUACAAAGAUCUAAUUCAAAUACCUAAUUAUAAUAUUAGAAUAGAGGGCAUGAAUCUAAAAAGUGACUUUAAUUCUCAGAUGGCCGUAAUACGACCCAAUAUACAAUUACUCAAUUCUGUCUGUAGGCAAAUACUCAACAGUGACUCGCUCAAGAUGUUCCUCAGAUUUGUAUUACAUGCGGGUAAUUUUAUAAAUAAAGGAAGUACAUCCGGAAGUGCCUAUGGAUUUAGAAUCAACUCAUUAUGUAAAUUAGCAAUGGUGAAGUCCAAUGUUCCACGAUUUUCUUUAUUACAUCACCUUGUGGAAGAGGCGUUAAUUCAAAACAAGAACGCUCUACGUUUUGUUGACGAGCUUCUAGAAGCGUUACAGAAGGCCUCUAAAUUUACACUAUCUAAUACCAAAGGUGAGUUUUUACAACUCAGACAAAAUGUUGAUAAAUUUGAACAUCAGAUGUCGUCGGUAGAACCUGGUUUGAAAACACAUUUUUCUGAAUUUUUGGAGGAAGCUGAGAAUGAUAUAUCGGACGUAGAUGAAGGAUUUGAUAGGUUAGAUAAUUUAUCUGAAAAACUGAGAGAUCAUUUCUGUGAGAACACUCCUUUUAAUCUCAACGACUUUCUACUUUCUUUUCUGGAAUUUACAGAAAAAGUCAAAUUAUGUGAACAGGAAGUGGAGGCUCGACGGCAACAGGAAAAGAAAGUGGCUUUAAGACAGAAAACAAUGGAAGAAAUAGCAUUAAAAAGAAAAAGUGGUACCGGUCUUCACCAAGCUAUUAACAACUCUGCUGGGGCACCGGAGGCCAAAACCAAGAUUGUUGAUAAUAUAGUGAAUGAAAUAAAGAAAGGAAAGGUGCUUAGACGGUUAUCUUUAAAACGUAAAAACAGAUUGGCUGUACAGGCUAUUGAAACGGCUCAUUUAUAAGCGACACAAUAUAAAGAUAUUAAUAUUAUAUUUUUACUAGAUCUAUAUAUUUAUAACUGAAAAUACACCCUAACUUCUCAAAAGGGAAAUAUAUGUGAAUAGAAAACCAAUUCCAUGUUUGAAACACAAGUUCAUAUUUAUUGUAUUAGAUAAGAAUUUUAAACCAUUAAUUUAUUCUCUUCUGGGUAAUAGUUUUGUGACAUAUGUAGUCUUUAGGAUUUGUUAUUUUAUCUGGAUAGUGUCUCAAUUUUGGGAAUAGACCAAGCUAUUUUUCUCUGUUGUCGUAUAAAUGUGGCUCAAUAAUACAAUCCCAAUAGUGUCAUAAUGUCCGUGACAUUACAGUCUUUGAAAAACUAUUGUAAUUGUGAGAAAACAUCAAAUCAUCUUAGAUAGUUCAAAAUAUGUUUGUUUUUUUUUAAAAAAAAAACAAACCCAAAAGACUGACGUCCAAAAGAAACGACGCCACGAAUUUGAGAUACUGUUGAAUCAACUUGCUGUAUGUGUAAGUACAUCUAUGUUUCUUGUGGACCUCAUUAUAGUUGUACGCCCGGAUAUGAUCACAUACGACUAAAAAAGAACCAGUCGCAAUGUUUUUAAAAAUGUCUCCUAUACAGUGGCUGCACUGUGAAUGUCUUAAUAACACCACUUUUUUCGGCGUUAAAGGACCAGCACUCUCAUUUAGUAUUUUUUAUUUUAUUUAAACGGGAUCUCGAACGGUUCCUCUUCUACACAGUACCGAUUCGUUCCCCAAUUAGGUAGAUAAUAUUUUAGUAUCUUUGUAAUUAUUUUGUUAAAUAUUUUGUUACUGUAAUAUCCGUGUAAGAUAAAUAAACUGAUAUUUUCAUGUUUAGACUUAUCUAUAUAUAUAUAUAUAUACAACCAUAUUUCCAAACCGUCUUCUUAAAUUAAAACUAAACUUGAUCUACACUAUUAUAAACUGACAACAAUGCGAUGGGGUUUUAAAAAAAAACAAACCCAAAAGACUGACGUCCAAAAGAAACGACGCCACGAAUUUGAGAUACUGUUGAAUCAACUUGCUGUAUGUGUAAGUACAUCUAUGUUUCUUGUGGACCUCAUUAUAGUUGUACGCCCGGAUAUGAUCACAUACGACUAAAAAAGAACCAGUCGCAAUGUUUUUAAAAAUGUCUCCUAUACAGUGGCUGCACUGUGAAUGUCUUAAUAACACCACUUUUUUCGGCGUUAAAGGACCAGCACUCUCAUUUAGUAUUUUUUAUUUUAUUUAAACGGGAUCUCGAACGGUUCCUCUUCUACACAGUACCGAUUCGUUCCCCAAUUAGGUAGAUAAUAUUUUAGUAUCUUUGUAAUUAUUUUGUUAAAUAUUUUGUUACUGUAAUAUCCGUGUAAGAUAAAUAAACUGAUAUUUUCAUGUUUA